UAUGACUUGGGAAUAUCCUUGGAUGCACUCUAAAUUAAAGUCGACACCGAUGUGAGGCUCGUAUAGUCUAAUAAUGAAGACUCACGGCACUUUGCGAGAUGAUGAGGCCACUGGCGCCGCUUGGGAAGCUGCGCGGGGAGCUGUUGUCGGUUCGAGCAAGUGGGGAGUUGGGGCAGCCAUACUAGCUGCUACAGGAUAUAAAAUAUCACCGAUAUAUCGCGGCCUCACUUUUCAGUUUAAGGUGUUUAUACAGAUGUCCGCGAUGAUAAUGGGAGGCAUGCUGGAGGCGGAUCGAAGGCUCCGGGAACACGAGGCAAGGAUUCGGGUUCAGAAGAAGUUGGGAAUCGGACUCGACAAAGCCUCCUGGGAGAAAUACGAGCAGGACGUUAGGGCUGAGAAGGCCCGCAUAAUAGCACGACAGAACGAGGAAAAGUGACAUGUAUAACAUAAAGAGCACGAAGCUCUCAAAAGUUUAAUUUAUAUCAAAUACCCUACUCCA